GUGAAAAUACAACCACAUCAGAUAUCCUCAUUUUUGUAUUCCAAUUUCCUUUGAUUAUUAUAUUUUCUUUUUAAAACUAUUAUAUUAUUGCUGGGGUUCUCAAUAGAACUGAAAUAUAUGGAAGAUGCUGUUUCUCGAUUUCAAAUCCUCUUUUCCUAAUUCCUCCUAUCCUUCCAAUGGCACCCAAACACUCCCCAAAAUCCCGGAAAUCCAAAUCCAAGUUCUCAUGCUUUCUCUCUUGUUUUGGCCGGAACGUUUCGGAUCCCGCCCCGAAGAAACUGCCCCGAAAUAUUGGCCGCAAGAAAUCGCCUUGGUCUUUCUGGUCAUGGUUUCGGGGAGGGAAAUCGGUAAGGAAGACGGUGCCUGUCGACGCCGCGAUCGUCGAGGACGCGACACGUGGACAGUACGGGGACGAGGAGAUCAGGGAGGAGAUCGAGGUCGUUAACGUCGAGGUGGCCGCGAAGAAUCAGAUUCGAGCGGCUGGCGAUCCUGUAUCAGAUCAAGCUGUUGUGGACGGAGCUCGAAAGGCCAAGCACGGAGGCGGAAAGCUACCGCAGCACCAGGAAACAAAGCCCCCUGACCUUUCGAUCCCGCCAAAACGCGACACGAGUAACAAAUCCCUGACUCUCGGCCGGAAAACUGACUCCAGGAAGACCGGAAGCCAACCCGGUUCGCCGGAUCCCAGGCCGGGAGGUUCAGCCCUAACUUCCUCCUUGACGUUCCCUCCAACCGGCAACGGGAAACAGUCACGGCACGUAGGUACUUCACGUCUUGCCAACCGGAAACUGACACACUCAUCGGGAAGUAACGCGUCCACCGUGAAGCUGGAUGCCGUUGUAGGAAUGUCGAUUCUGAUGGUGGCGCUUGCAUUCUUGCUGUUGUGGGGCCGGGUCUGCGCGAUUGUCUGCACGUCGGCUUGGUUCUAUUUCAUCCCUCGCCUGAGAACGGCCAUGGAUUCCGUCGGGAGUGCCGGAAAGGGUGCCAUGGAGGUUGACAUCGAUUCCAGCGAGUAUAAGAAGAAGGUGAUCAUGGCCGGGUUUCUGGAGAGAAACCGCCGAUAAUCUCCGGACGCGCAAUUUAGCAAACCAAUAAUAUGUGUACUAAAAUGCGCGAGUGAGUGGUAUUCACGCGUCUCGUAAGAAAGUGGAGACGCGGUCCGACCCCAGAUUUGAUCUACGAGAAUUGAUCACGUACACGCAACGGUACCGCAGCUUGUGGUACCAUAACAUUUUUCCUGACAAAAUGGAAAUUUUUAGGAAAUCAGUACCAUGAAAAAGUCAUGUCCCACUAUAUAUAUCAGAUUUGUCGAAAAUUAGGCUGAUCCACUCUCUAGGUGGGCCACACAUGACUCUUGAAUCAAACCUUCGGUUUUGAAUUAUUCCCAACAAAGUCGUCCGUAUGAUGAACGUUCCAGGAUGAUUUUUGUGCCAGGAAUUCACCAUGGUGAGGUCUACCGGUUUACUGGUACUGAUGUGCUAUACAAGUGGAAUUUUGGCGGGAAAGGUGGUACGGUACCACAAAGUUUAAUCCGGAUUCCGCGGUGCGGUGAAUGGGGCCCGGAAAUCAGGGAAAUCUGAUCCAACGGUUCCUAUUUUCUGGUUCUCGUUUGGGCCAGGGUCUACUAUAGAGUAUGCCUUUACAUGUUCUUAUUUGUAUGUAAAAUAUAGAAAAAUGCCAUGAAAAUGUGAUGAUUCGAAGUUCGAGAA